GGUUUGCAGUCGAAAUCAGAAAACCUCUCAAAUUGCUCGAUUUUGUUCAAUCUCACAGAUUUAGUUUGGGAAAUUCGCAGAGCUUUGGAUCCGUUAUUCGCCAUGGACGAGUAUCAAGAGAUGGAGAGAUUCAGCAUGGAAAACGACUAUGAAGGAGGUCGAUGGGAGAACGGCGAGUUCUUAUACGAAAAGAGGAAGGAGAAGCGGAAACAAACCAAAAACGAUGCUACUUAUGGAAUCUUCGCUGAGAGCGAUUCGGAUUCCGAUGGUUCUAGCGGCGGAGGUCGGAGGAAGAGGCGUAAGGAUCGGGAUUCGGGAAGGAAAGCCGACUUAACCAAGCCUGUCAAUUUUGUUUCUACAGGUAAGGUUAUGCCGACUCAAGAGAUUGAUAGGGAUUCUAGAGAACAUAAUGAUGAGAGAGGUAGUGUUAAAAUCGAUGACCGUAACAUGAGUGAUGAGGACUGUGUAGUUAGAGGUGGAUUGGGUAGUGGAAGGUCAGGUUUAGGGUCAGGGAUUAAUGCGUCUAUUUAUAACGAGGAGGACAACCUCUUACCCGGAGCUUUGGGGAAGAAGAUAGCUGAGGGGGCAAAGAGGAGAGGGAAGGCCAAGAUGGAUAAGAGAGGUGAAGAGGGUGGUGCAAAGGCAGGUAAGAAAAAAACUUUAGGUGGUGAUAUUGGUCAGUUUGAGAAAUCUACUAAAGGAAUUGGUAUGAAGCUGCUUGAAAAGAUGGGGUACAAGGGACGUGGGCUUGGGAAGAACCAGCAAGGUAUUGUAGCUCCCAUUGAAGCACAGUUGAGGCCGAAGAAUACGGGUCUAGGGUACAACGAUUUCAAGGAGGCGAAGUUGCCUGAUUUAACAAAGGUAGAGGAGAAGAAGACUGUUGCGGUCAGUAUGAGUGAGAAUGAUCAGAAUCAUGGUGAUAGAGGACGGAGAAAUCUUUGGAAGAAGAAGAAAGUGAGGAAAGAAGUUUAUGUCACUGCGGAAGAAUUAUUGGAAAAGAAGCAGGAAGAGGGCUUUGGUGGUGGGCAGACCAUUAUUGAUAUGCGAGGACCACAGGCUCGGGUUGUGACAAAUUUGGAAAAUCUGAAUGGAGAGGAAAAAGCAAGGGAAGCAGAUGUUCCAAUGCCGGAGUUACAACACAACUUGCGACUGAUUGUUGAUCUAGUCGAACACGAAAUUCAGAAGAUUGAUAGAGACUUGAGGAACGAGAAAGAAUCAGCUUUAAGCUUGCAACAGGAGAAGGAGAUGCUUAUAAAGGAGGAAGAGAAACAAAAAACACACUUGGAAAACAUGGAAUAUAUCGCAGAUGAAAUAAGUCGAAUCGAGCUGGAGAAUACGUCUGGGAGUUUGACACUGGAUUCACUUGCUAAUCGUUUCGAGGACCUGCAAACAAGCUAUCCUGAUGAUUAUAAGCUUUGUAACUUGUCCACCAUUGCUUGCUCACUGGCCUUGCCUCUCUUUAUCAGGAUGUUUCAGGGUUGGGAUCCUCUCAGGGAUGCAGUUCAUGGUCUGAAGGCUAUAUCUUCUUGGAGAAAGCUUUUGGAAGUCGAGGAUAAUCAAAAUAUCUGGGUAGUCUCAACGCCUUAUAGCCAACUAGUCUCGGAGGUAGUGUUACCUGCUGUCCGUAUAGCAGGCGUCAAUACCUGGGAACCUAGAGACCCUGAGCCGAUGCUUAGAUUUUUAGAGACGUGGGAAAAUUUGCUGCCUUCAUCUGUCUUGCAUACGAUUUUAGACACAGUAGUGCUGCCAAAACUUUCAACUGCUGUUGAAUAUUGGGACCCACGAAGGGAACUUGUUGCCAUCCAUGUUUGGGUGCAUCCUUGGUUGCCAAUACUUGGUCAGAAGUUGGAGUUUCUGUAUCAGAUCAUUCAGAUGAAGUUGAGUAAUGUUCUUGAUGCUUGGCAUCCUAGUGACCCGUCUGCCUACACUAUUCUCUCUCCAUGGAAGACCGUUUUUGAUGCUACAAGCUGGGAGCAACUUAUGCGACGUUACAUAGUUCCCAAACUUCAGCUGGCCUUGCAAGAGUUUCAGAUAAACCCGGCAAACCAGAAUUUAGACCGGUUCAAUUGGGUUAUGAAGUGGGCAUCUGCAGUACCGAUACACCUAAUUGCUGAUUUGAUGGAGAGGUUCUUCUUCCCCAAAUGGCUGGAUGUGUUGUACCACUGGUUGCGUUCGAAACCGAGGUUCGACGAGAUCCAGGAAUGGUAUUAUGGUUGGAAAGGGUUAUUCCCGCAAGAGCUUUCAGCAAACGAGAGGAUCAGAAUCCAGUUGAAGCGUGGUUUAGAUAUGUUGAUGGAAGCUGUUGAAGGAGUUGAAGUGUCUCAGCCAAGAGCAAGGGCACAAGAACAGAGACACUUCGAACCUGCUCAGGCUCAGGCCAAGGCUCAUAUGGAUAGCGCAGAGGUGCUGAGUUUGAAAGAAGUCUUGGAAGUAUUUGCGCAAGAGAAUGAGUUGCUGUUCAAACCUAAACCGAAUAGAAUGCACAAUGGUCUUCAGAUUUAUGGGUUUGGGAAUGUGAGUGUGAUUAUAGACUCAUUGAACCAGAAGCUGUUGGCUCAGAAAGAUGGAGGCUGGUUCCUUGUAACUCCUGAUGACUUAUUGAGGAUGCACAACAAUGCAACUGUUUCUGGAAAACGAUAGAUCACAGAUCCAUUAUAUAAUAUUCUGAUGUAUAAACUCUCUUCAACUGUAUCACUUUUUGUUCGUUUAUUAGAUUGGGAUUCAUAUAUUUUUCCUUGUUGCAAAUAACGGAAACUCAAAACGUGUUUUUGUGAGGUUUACAACA